AUGGUACCUAUGGUCGUGGACCAUGACUACGGCGCCAGCAGAACCGUGUGUGUUGACCGGGAGCAAUAUCACAGCAUGCUGAGAGAAAUUGAGCAACUGAAAGAGCAGCUCCGAUCCUGUAGUCUUCAAAAGCCGUUUGGACUGGAACGUUUUUCUACGUCACCAGAAGACAUCAGAUUUUACACCAGGUUUGGUCCACGGCAGAUCAGAGUUGAGUCUGCGUCCAUGCUGAGGGCUUACAACUGUGGCACCCGGGCGGCACCUUAUGAGUCCCUGGUGGUUGCUGACAUCGGGGACGUAAACGUGAACGUGUUUGAUCUGAAGGACACCUGCAGGCGCAUCAGGGAGACCUACAGAAAGAUUGCGGCUGCUGGCUGCAUCCCUCUGACUAUGGGUGGCGAUCACACAAUUUCAUACCCAAUUCUGCAAGCAGUUGCUGAGAAGCACGGUCCUGUGGGUUUGAUUCAUGUGGAUGCUCAUGCUGACACCAGUGACAUGAUACUGGGGGAGAAGAUCGGUCAUGGGACUCCGUUCAGACGCUGUGUGGAGGAAGGGCUUCUGGACUGCAAGAGAGUGGUUCAGAUUGGUCUGCGAGGUUCAGGAUACUCUGCAGAUGCGUAUGAAUGGAGCCGGGCUCAGGGUUUCCGUGUGGUCCAGGCGGAAGAGUGUUGGUUCAAAUCCCUUGCACCAUUAAUGUCUGAGGUCAGGACUCAGAUGGGCAGCGGACCGGUCUACCUUAGUUUUGACAUUGAUGGUCUAGAUCCAGGUUUUGCCCCGGGAACUGGCACACCAGAGAUAGCAGGACUCACACCCAUACAGGGAGUUGAGAUCAUUCGAGGCUGUCGUGGUCUGAACCUCGUUGGAUGUGAUCUAGUGGAGGUGUCUCCACCUUAUGACACCACAGGAAACACUUCACUGACUGGGGCCAACCUCCUCUUUGAAAUGUUGUGUGUUCUGCCAAAAGUUAAAUACUACUGA